AUGAAGAGGGAGGAGAUGGCGAGUGGCGACGAGGAGCGCGUGGCGGCGUUGGAGGCGAAGCUGAGGGAGCAGGGCGACGCCAUGGCUGCCAUGCAGCGCGACAUGGGCGCGCUGAAGGCGGAACUUGCGCGGAUGAGGGGAGCUGCGGAACAGCACGCGGCGGAGGUGGCGGAAGUGAAGGCGACGGCGGCGCAUUCGGAGGCGCGCAUCAACGACGUCGAGCUGGCGCUCGCCGCCAUCAAGGACGGCAAGGUGGGGGAGCGCCGCGACGAGCGCGAUGAGGGCGGCGCGGGGAAGAGGCGGAAGAGGGAGGAGUCGCCGGGGAAAGAGGGGGUCAUGGCCGGUGCUGCCGAAGGAAAGCAAAUUGAGGUGGAAAGCGAGAGCGAAGAGGAGUGGGGGGCGAAUGGAGAGGAGGAAUUCGACACGGAGGCUGAGCUGCAGGAGCUGUGCGACUUCGUGGUGGCGCUGGAGAAGAAUGGCCCGGGUGCCAAGACGUGGGAGGCACUGCUGACGCUGUGGAGCAAGGUUGCGCCGGGCGAGACUCGCAUGGACCUCAAAAGCUGUGUCUACCUCACCGACGAUGCUCUCUCUCGAGUCGCCUCCCUGCGCUCCCUCACGUGGCUGAGCCUUCGAGACUCGUCCGGCUUCACUGCAGAGGGGUUAACACAGCUCUACUCCCUCACAGGUCUCAAGUUGCUGGAUCUGGCGGAGACAAAUGCAACGGACGCUUCGCUGGAACGUAUUGGCAGCCUUAAGGUUCUUAACACAAUUUAUCUUGGUGCGACCAAGAUAACCGAUGCAGGGAUAGCGAAGUUGAGAGGGUUGCCUGCACUCGUGACUCUGGCCGUAGAUGGCUGUGCGUCAGUCACCUCUGCCAGCAUGGUGCACGUGGGGAAAUUGACAUCACUGGAGUCUCUCUGGUUGAGUACCACUACAGUGAGGGAGGACGGGCUGAAGCACCUGACUGCCCUCACCUCCCUCAAGGUCUUCAGCUUGCCUCCAGGAGUGACUGAUUCCUCUUUGAAGAUCCUGAGGAACAUGAAACGCCUGGAGAAGCUGGGGCUGUGGCAUGCUAAAAUCACUGCUGACGGUGUCAGGUGGCUUGAGGGGGUCCGGAAGUCACAAGCCAACCCCCUACCUGCAUGGCAUGUGACAUGUGCAGUACCACAACCACCCUCACCCUCCCACCUGCAUGAGUUGCGGCGCCACUGA